CAGUGAGAGAGAGAGAGAGAGAAGCUGUAAAAGGAGAAAAUACAAAAUACACAGUGUCGUCGAUAUAUACAGUCAGAUUUACAAUAGAUACAAAUCUGUGUGCGUUACUUUUUUUUUUUCUAUUUAAUUAUUUUUUUUCUGGAUGUAAGAGAAUUUCGGAGAAAAUAAUGUUGGCAUUGAUGGGCGAAGGAGGAGGAGGAGGAUCAAUUGAUAAAAUGGAGAAGGAAUUCGAUUCCAAAUUGAGGAUGCAGAGCAACAGUUCUUCGUCGAAUGAUGAUAAUAAAAAUAAUAAUAAUAAUAAUAAAAAUAAUAAUGGAUUUCCUGACAGAUCUAAGAGCUUUGCUUUUAGGGCACCGCAGGAGAAUUUCAGCAUCGAUGAUUUUGAAUUGGGCAAGAUUUACGGCGUUGGUUCUUAUUCUAAGGUUGUGAGGGCGAAGAAGAAAGACACCGGAAUCGUUUAUGCGAUGAAAAUCAUGGAUAAAAAGUUCAUCACUAAGGAAAACAAAACGGCAUACGUAAAAUUGGAGCGUAUAGUGUUGGACCAGUUAGACCAUCCCGGUGUGGUUCGAUUGUUCUUUACGUUUCAAGAUUCUUUCUCACUCUAUAUGGCGCUUGAAUCUUGUGAAGGCGGAGAACUCUUCGAUCAAAUAACGAGUAAAGGCCGUUUGAAUGAGGACGAUGCUCGUUUCUAUGCAGCUGAAGUUGUUGAUGCUCUUGAAUAUAUCCAUAGCAUGGGCUUGAUACAUCGGGAUAUUAAGCCAGAGAAUCUGCUGCUUAGUGAAGAUGGACAUAUCAAGAUUGCUGAUUUUGGUAGUGUUAAGCCUAUGCAAGAUAGUCGAAUAACAGUCCUUCCGAACGCAGCAUCAGAUGAUAAGGCGUGUACCUUUGUGGGGACAGCCGCUUAUGUGCCACCGGAAGUUCUAAAUUCAUCCCCAGCAACUUUUGGGAACGAUCUUUGGGCGCUCGGAUGCACGUUGUACCAAAUGCUUUCGGGGACUUCUCCAUUCAAAGAUGCUAGCGAGUGGCUUAUUUUCCAAAGAAUUAUUGCAAGAGAUAUUAGAUUUCCGAAUUACUUUUCAGCAGAAGCUCGAGAUUUGAUCGAUAAAUUAUUGGACAUUGAUCCUAGUAGGAGACCAGGUGCAGGGCGCGAAGGAUACGUUUCUCUCAAAAGCCACCCUUUUUUUAAGGGAAUUGAUUGGACGAAUUUGAGGAAAGGGACCCCACCAAAACUAGCUUUAGACCCAAGAGCUGAGUCAACUGGAAGUGAUGACCAAGAUUCGACAUGGAACCCUUCGCAUAUUGGAGAUAGUUCAGUAAAAACAAAUGAUACAAAUGUCGGUGUAGGCAGUGCAUCUCCUUCUGAAACUGGUAGCAUCACUAGGCUCGCGUCAAUCGAUUCGUUUGAUUCAAAAUGGCAACAAUUUUUGGAGCCAGGGGAAUCGAUACUUAUGAUAUCCAUGGUGAAGAAACUGCAGAAACUGACAAACAAGAAAGUACAGCUCAUCCUCACUAAUAAACCCAAAUUAAUUUAUCUCGACCCCUCGAAAUUAGUGGUCAAGGGUAAUAUUAUAUGGUCCGACAACCCUAGCGAUCUUAACAUUCAAGUUACAAGCCCCUCAAAUUUCAAGAUUUGCACUCCGAAAAAAGUUAUGUCGUUCGAGGACGCAAAACAAAGAGCAACGCAGUGGAAGAAGGCAAUCGAGGCCCUUCAGAAUCGGUAAAAAAAUUGGUCUGUGAUUUAUAUAACAUUCUUUGGACAUAACAAAAAGCGGUAGAACAAACUAAAAUUCAUUCAAGCUACAUUAGUGGGCCCUCGCAGAAUAUCCUUUCGAUUCGCCUCACAGAUUUUUUACUAUUGUUUAUUUUUUUAAUUUUAGAAUUUCAUUUUGACAUCAUUUUUAUUUGUUUAUAGCAGUGAUUGAUUACUCUAUUUAGUUUAUUAUGAUCAUUGUCUUUUGAUAUUGGAAGUUUGUAAACUGAAAGGAAAAGUGUAAGAGAAUUUGGUUUAUUUAAAUUAAUCAUUGCAGUUGUUUAUGCCA